CGAGUCCCACAGUGAACAUCAACUCUGAGAUGCAGGUACAUCCAGUUGACGAGUCCCAAAUAGGACGAAACGCGCUUCAAACUGGAUUCCCUUGCUACCCACUAUCCAUCUCUCCGAUGGAUACAUUUCUCUUCCCUGCUCCCCCUCUUCCAUCCUAGACUAAUAUUAAUUAGUUAAUUACAUUUAUUUAUAUACAUUUAAUAUUUAAUCAUUGUUCAAUUGUAACCAUUUUAUUUUUCUAUUUAUCCUUGAUCAUGCAUUAUGAUUGGUCAAUGUGUGUAUCAAUGACCUUGAGUGUGACAAUUUUAUUUUUAUAAAUAGUUAAGUUUAUAAAUUACUGUCUUGAUUACGAUUAUCCUUAUCAUUAGUAGUAGUAGUGGUACUGGUAGUAGUGGUAGUAGUAGCAGUAGUACAGUGUUGUAUGUUUUCCAUCAAACUGAUUCUCAUUACAUAAAGGAAGAUUGUUGUUAACCUAUUGAGACAUAAAAAAGAAAAAAGAAGAACAAACACAGUCUGGAUUAUUCAUACAACUUACAAUAGAGUUAAUCUAUAUGAAAGAAUAGUGAAAAAAACAAGAGGGAAGGUUUUCCCCUUUUAUGAAAAAAUAAAAAACACACGUCUAUAUAUAUAGAUAUACAAGACCGGUGAAUUAUGUUUUUACAUUUUUUUUUCUAGAAAAAAAAGUAAAUUUUAUCUCAGUUUCAAAGUUUAUUGGACAAUGGACUAGUUUUAUUUUGUUUGUUUUUCUCUGUUGCUGCUUAGUUACUGUCUAUAACGAUUAAAAAAAAAAGAAAAGAAAGAAAAAGAAAAGAAAAAAAAGUAAAACAUAAUAAUAAUAAUAAUAAUCAUAUAUCAAAUUUAAUUCACUUACAAACCAAAAAAAAAAACAUUCUGUAAAGGAAAAAUUAAUUAAUGUGAAUUAAAAAUAAAAGAAAUUGAAUGGAAUAGUGUUGUAAUGAUUUUUGAGAAACUUCAAAACAUUGAACCAUUGAAAUUAUUGAAUAUUGAAUCAUCGAACUCAUUGAAUAUUGAAUCAUCGAACCCAUUGAACAUUGAAUCAUUGAAUAUUGAAUCCUGGAACACAUUUAAUAUUGAAUCCUUGAACACAUUAAAUAUUGAAUCGUUGAACUCAUCGAACAUUGAACCUUUGAACGCAUUAAGUAUUGAACAGUUGAAAACAUUGAAUAUUGAACCAUUGAACUCAUUGAUUAUUGAAUCAUCGAACAUUGAACCUUUGACAUCAUUGAAUAUUGAAUUAUUGAAUUUACUGAAUAUUGAACCAUUGAAAUUAUUGAAUAUUGAAUUAAUUAUAAGUUCUAUAAUAAUUCAUUUAAUUGUUUUCAUGUUUUGUAUAAAAUUUAAAACAAAUCCUCAUCCUCCUCCUCAUUCUCCUCCUUCUCCUCCUCCUCCUCAUCAUCAUCAUCAUCAUUAUAAAUUAUCAUUAAAUAAAUUGAAUGAAAUUGAUAAAAAUGAAAAAUUCAGUUUAAUAAAAAAAAAUUCAAAAAAUGUAUUACGCAAUCAUAAAUUAUUAUGUCAUUGUAGAGAAGAUCAAUUAAGUGAUAAACACUUCACAGUAAUUGAUUCCAAUUCAAUAUCCAGCUCAGAGAAUAAAACUUCAUCAAAAUGUAUUAAAUCUAAUGAAUUCAAUGAAAAUCAAUUAACAUUAUUACAUAAUCAUCAAUUAUCCAAUUCAUUACAUAAUAAUAAUAAUAAUAAUAAUAAUAAUAAUAGUUUACCAAUUAAAUUAUCCAAUAAUUUAGAUCUAAAUCAAUCCAAUCCAAUUUCAAUUAAAACCUUGACAACUAAAAUAAAUUUGAAUGAGAAUCACCAUCAUCACCACCAUCACAAUCAGCAUCAUCACCACCACCACCAACAACAACAACAAUCAUUACCAUUUACUGUAUGGUUUAUCAAAAUGGCAAAGAAGUUACUUUAUUGGAAAAAUACUUUUAUGAAUAUUCAUUUAUCAUCAAAAUCAUCGAAUUAUUGUCAUAUUAUAAAUGAGAUCCCUAUUGAUGAAUAUCACAAUACAAUCAAUGUUAAUAGAAUUGAUAAUGAUCAUUUAAACAAAAUAACAAUUCAGAAAAGAUUAAGCGAUAAGGGGACAUUUGGAUUCAAUAUACAACAUAUUAAACAAAAAGCUAAUAGUUUAAAAGAACAAAGUAGAAAAGGCAAAGUCUAUCAUGGUUAUUCAAUUUGGACUGAUAGUAAAAGUGUUAUACAAACAUUUUCAAAUAGAAUAUCACCAUAUUCUACUACUUAUUAUCAUUUAUCACCAUAUAGACAAUAUGAUUCACAAAGUGAUUUAUUUGAUCCAAUUUAUUCAGCAAUUCAAUAUCCUUUAAAAGAUACAUUACAAUCAACACAUUCAUCAUUAUGGGAUCAUUCAUCAGUGUCAGUACAUCAACCAUAUGGAAAAGAUCGUCUUCUAGUUAAAAAUAUUUGGACAAGUCAGGAUUCAAUUGUAUCCGAUGCCCAUGUCUAUUGUGAGCUAAUCGAAUUGAAAUCCACUAAAACUCAUUAUCCUACAAAUAAGAAAUUGGAUUGUAGAUCAUUUUAUAAAGAUUAUUCCACUUGUAGUUUACCUUCAUAUGAUAAUCAAUAUAAUCAAGAUGUCAUCUCAGAUAAAUAUUGUAAUGAACAACCACCAAAAUUACCACAUCGAAAUUAUGGUGAAAGUACUUUGAAUAUGGUUGCUAAUUUACGUUUAUGGGCAACAAGAAAUAAACAAAAAAUUUUAAAAAAUCUUUAUAAAAUCAAUAAAUUACAUAAAAAUGUUUAUUCUAUGUCAGAUAUGACAUGGAGAUUAAAAAAGAAACGACAUUUUUAUGAUUUACCUUUAGAUAAACGAAAAAAUUAUACAGAACAAUCAUCGUUAAGAACAUCAUUUCAAUAUCAUAAACACAAUAAUUUGGGGAGUAGAAAUUUUAUAGAAAAACCUAAAGAUUACGAUGAAUUAACUAGUCGAAAUACAAGAUCCACUUUCUCGGAAACUGAUAUCGUUUCAUUGGAGAAUAUCAAUUCAUUCAAUAUUUGGAGUUCACAACAACCGAAGGAUCCAAUAAGUUCAGCUUGUUAUUCUAAUGAAGCUUUUUCUUUGGAAACGAAUAUACAAUUAACAAAACAGUCGACCAACUUCAAUGAUCGAUGCAAUAAUCUUAGACAUAUCGAUAGUGAAUCUGAUAUAACAGAAUUAUCUCCCAUUUAUAAAAGAAAUAAAUCUCCAAGAAGUAAACCAUUAAAAUUGAAUCCUUCAUUAUAUCCAUAUCCAUCUCUGACAUCAACAUCAUUCACACCAUUAUAUCAUAUUUAUAUACCAAAUCAAUGUAGACAUCAUUCCUACAUGAAUGAUGUUCAUUUACAAUGUCAUCAAAACAAUACAAUCCAUUCUCACAUAUCUAAUCGAAUGUUAACUGAAGAGAUUCCCUAUUAUACUACGACUACUACUACUGCUACCACUACUACUACUACUACUACUACUUCUCCUUAUUUAUGUAUGCCACCAUUAAUGGAACGUUCUAUGGAAGAUGAUGAAUAUCAUUUAUACAAAUGAUUGUGAAUUAUUCAAAUGAGGUUGUUUGUUAUUUUUUUGUAAAUAGAUAUAUAUUUUUUUCUUAUUUUUGGAUCUAAUCUGUAAUACCAUUUACAAGUCAGGUUAUUUAUAAAUUGUAUAUAGAUGAAUUAGUUCAUUACUUAUGCCUAUUACUCCCAAAAUGGAGAAUAGGACCACAACUAGCAUUCUCGGAUCCAUUCUGUCCUGGGUCUUCUUUUGUUUUUUUAC